AUAAAGAAUGACUCAUUUUCUAGGUAAUUUUUUGGAGAAGAAACAGUUAGUUUUGUUGAGGCGUUGGGCCGAUAAUAAGAUUGGGCUAAUCUAGAGCUCAGAGAGCAAACUAUGCAUAAUUGGAUUUUUGCAAUAUGGAUCUCAUUUUGGUAUUCGGCUAUGGCUGACUGAAGCAUUUGAUGAGCGUAAACAUGUUUGUUUUCUAGAAAUUCCUCGACUGAGUUGCUUCGCUCCAUUUAUGUGAACGCCUUACGCUCGUCGUUCUGAUUUACUUUGAAAAGCUGUGUUCAGAUACCAUUAGCCAAGUAAAGAUGGACGUUAGCAAGAAAAUCACUGAGGAAGCUAAAAUUCGGGAAACGGCAAUGUCAUCGUUCUUCUGCCGCAGGAUAUACUCGGAGGUAGAAGAAAUUGGUUGGGAGCACCUGGUGAAAUUAAGUGAUGAUAUGACAUUUCUGAGUUUUCGCCUCGUUGGAAUGGGGUUGUGUAGUGUAGUUUUGGGAUAUGCAACUUUAUGCUGCAUGCUGCUUAAAGCAGUGCUAACCGAGAUCAUUAUUAUUUUGAAUUUUUCCAAGCUUGAGUGUUUCUUAAGGAAAAAGUCAAGACUGGAAAAUGCAGAUGUGACUUGGGAGAUGACUAUGGACAAUGCAGGAAGAUCACAUGUUCUGGAGAUAGAGCUGGACAAGACCUACCCACGGAGUCCGCCUUCAGUUUCAGUGGACAUACCUCAUAAUUUGGAUCUAGAAUGGUCGUCAAACUCAAAAUUAAGAGAUGUUGUUCACCAGUUCCAACAGCUAUUGGAUCUGCAUUGUGAUGCUGGUGUCCCCAAGAAGCUUCGCUACUUUCUUGUCUAUCCACAACCAAACGAUAACUGGUCGAAGGACAAAUCAUUUGCUGAAAAUCUUGCAUGUAUUUUAAACACUCAGUUACCCCUGCCUCCACAUCAGCAGAAGAACGAGGAACAGAUUGAGUGUGGCAUAUGUUAUGCUCAAUUUCUUCCCGUAGAUGAUGAACUUGGUGCUAAGAGUGGAAGUGCAACUGAUUAUAGAUGUGAAAACGGGAGUUGCAAUCGGGCAUUCCAUAUUGUUUGUAUAGUCGACUGGCUCCGCUCAAUAACAACAACAAGGCAGUACGUUAUGUUCUUCACAUCCUUCUAUUUUCAAAUUCUUGUUUGCGGUCAGACAUUAGAAGAAAUCAGUUCCAGGUCAUUUGAUGUCCUUUUUGGGAACUGCCCUUACUGUUCAGAUCCAAUUGCGGUCAAAAUCAGCACAAAUAAGUAAAUUUUUUACUAAAUUUUCUAAAGGAGAUCAGUCCCUAUAAUAUAGACCUUUCAUAAUAUUUGAAGAAUGCGUUUUAGCCACUUUAUCCUUGUAAUAUUCUAGUAAAUUUUGCCUGGCUGUAGGAGUUUUCAUUAAUAAUUUAAUGGCACAUAUCUUCAUUAGUCAUAACUAGACAUAUGAUGC